GUGAAACUGAACAGACCGGCCAGGAUAACCAUCUUCGGGAUGCAAAAUGAAAACCAACUAAAUUGUUACUUCACAUGCCUUGACAAAUUUCUUUAGGCGCUUGUUUCGCUUCCACAAGAUGCCAACUAAACGUAUUCUCCCAUGGAAAAUACCAGACUGGCUUCUAGAUGAUCCUUUAUUAAAUAAAUCUAUAUCAGAAUAUUUACCAGUUCACUAUAAUUUUGAGAUCCAUAAAACCAUAUGGCGUAUACAUUGUCUUCGAGCCAGGCGGAUUGCUUUACAAAUGCCAGAAGGUUUGCUCUUGUUUGCAGUACCAAUUUCUGAAAUUAUUCGAAAUUACUUUAUUCGUAGUAAUAAAACCUCAGGUCAUGCUCUUACUAUAUCUACUAACGAUACUACUGUAGGUGAGGACAGUAUUAAAGAUAUUGAUGUUGUAAUUUUGGGCGAUGUGACUUAUGGAGCUUGUUGUGUGGAGGAGCUGACUGCAAAAGCUCUUGGUGUUGACUUGCUUGUACAUUAUGGUCAUAGUUGCUUGGUACCGUUGGACUCAAUUUCUGUUCUAUACGUAUUUGUUGAUAUUCAGAUCGAUAUCGUCCAUCUCAUAGAUAGUGUAAAGGCUAACUUUGAGAGGUCUUCCCGUUUAGCGCUUGUUUCUACAAUACAAUUUGUUACUAGUUUGCAGACUGCUAAACAACCAUUAUCAGAAGCCGGCUACUCAGUUACCAUCCCUCAGUGCCUUCCUUUAUCGCCUGGUGAAAUACUUGGAUGUACAUCUCCUAAAGUAGAAGGUGUUGAUGCCUUAAUCUACGUGGGUGAUGGUCGCUUUCAUCUUGAAUCUAUUAUGAUAUCUAAUCCGUUGUUAGCUGCUUAUCGUUAUGAUCCCUACAAUAAGUCAUUUACGCGUGAAUACUAUGAUCAUAAAGUAAUGCGUAAACAUAGAAAAAAAGCUGUUGAUACCGCAAGAAAUGCUGUCAAUUUUGGGAUAAUAUUGGGUACACUCGGAAAACAAGGGUCAUCAACCGUUGUGAAACAACUUCAGACAGAAUUGGAAAAAUCAGGAAAGACUUACAUUAUACUAUUGCUGUCUGAAAUAAUUCCAAGUAAAUUAGCGCUUUUCGAUGAACAAGUAGACGUCUGGAUUCAGGUUGCAUGUCCUCGUCUUAGUAUUGACUGGGGUGUUGAGUUUACUAAACCUUUACUCACACCAUACGAAGCAUUCGUUGCUUUAAAUGAGCAAGUUUUUUGGCCUCGAGAUUUAUCCGAAGCCUAUCCCAUGGAUUAUUAUGCUAACCAAAGUUUGGGACACUGGACACCAAAUCACAGGUUGAAUAAAUUGAGUGCACCAAAAACCGUUAACUAAAAAGAUAUCUUACUUGUAAAAAUGGCUGCUGUAAAUAUAACUUACUAUUAGAACUAAAGUGUAUUUUUUAAAAAAUCGGGACAUCUCAGAGGAUAUAGCAGGUGAGUAGAAAAGCCA